AACCAGUCAGGUUGGCGUCGUGACGGUGUAGCAAAACUCAAAUUUUCAGUAAAGUUUUUCACUGCUACUCUCAUGCUGACUGGAAAUUUUGGUGCAGGUUGCCAUCUGUUCUAGGUUCAUGAACCAACAUGUCGGUGGUUCCAGUGAAGGAAAGCCCGACUUAGUUCGUGGAGUCACAAUCCUCGUGCAGCCUCGUGCACCAUCCUUUGUCAGGAAUCAAUUAAUUAACCAGGCCUAGGACCAUGUUUCGCGAGCUAGAUUAGCACCGAGCCUACCAUGAGGCUAACGGACCUUCUAGUGGCAGAGCGCUCAGUCGACUUGUUCAAGUUGUUGCUGUCCUUUCUGAAUCUUGACCUGCUCGUUUGACUGCACGAUCUUUGAAAUCCACCCCAAGAUCAUGGCUCACCCUGUCAUAUGGAGAGGGAAAGUGUUCUUCUACCCUAUUGGCAAUACAUCUGCAGUUUGCCUCACCCAGGAUCUUUGUCCAACUGAAAAAGCAGACGCGCUGCUUCUUGGGUGCGGCGACCCGAGGCAUAUUCUUUACACCGUAUACACAAACAGCGCUGGCUUGCAAGGGUCACGAAAACUGGACUUCACUUGCUGCGACAUCGAGGGUGCAGUAAUCGCUCGUAACGUUAUACUAUUCACUCUACUUGCUGAUGAAGAUGUUGCGAAGAAAUUGCCUCAAAUUUGGAACAUCUUUUUCCACUUUUUCCUCGACAAAGACUCCCUUGACCUGCUCAUAUCACAAUGCAAGAAGUUGGUCGAGCUAUCUAGCAGUCUCGACAGCUGGAACAAUGGUCCUUAUGGACACUUCCUCCGUAUCUGCACUGGAGAUACUCUCGCCGAGUUGCGGCGCCUUUGGCAGCUCUACAUCAAGACAACGACUUUUUCCCCCACCCAGGCAAAAGCAUUUCAAUCUGCAUAUGCUGCCGAUAUCAAGGCUUGCAGGGUUCAGUCUAUGAGCGUGUUUACAGCAAGUCGGGCAGCUGGGCCAUUAUCGAUGUAUGCGAUCAACAUGGCGGCAGAUCACUACAACAUUUACUGGGAGACAGGCGUAUGCUCCGCCAUCCGCAAGAGACCCUCGGAGGUGUCACACCCAAAUCCAACCUUAGCAUACUCCAUGGCUGGUGACAAAUUUGCGGUCCACUACGGAACGGAUCCUCUCGCUUGUUUCCACUUGGCAGAGGCCUUUGCGCCAGCGGUUGGAAGCUCUCCAGAGGACCUUACUCUGAAAGACGUGGUAAAUGUGUGCAAGGCGCAGUUUUCCAGGUGGUGCACUUCAGUUUCCAAAGUCUUGCGUAGUCAUCCAUCUUCUCCGAGCCCGCUCAUCAUUCGUUGCUUUGUGGGUGAUGCCCUCAGUUUCUGUCAAGCCCUUGGCUACUACCACACCACGAAAUCCACGUUGACACCAUUCCCUGUUGCGCCUUGGAAGCACACUCGCAUCACGCUUGAUCCUAACGCUUAUGGAACUUGUGCACAGUCAUCCGCACCGACCGCAUUCAAUGUCAUUGAUACCUCCAACCUUCUUGAUCAUGUCGGAUUGUUGAACAUCCUCGCUUCUGCUUCUCCCAUUCUCCAGCGAACUCCAUCCGCUACAUUGUACACAGAAGGUCUCGCUGGGGCCAGCCCAGAAGACACAUUGUCACAACAACUCUGUGGAGAUAUCGCGACUCUUGGUCUGCUUCUCGGCCUCAUUCCCGCUUCCUUCGUAUCGCAGUUCACGAACCGGUCGAACAUGCAUGAGAUGAUCGUGCGGACGUCGCAACAGCAUGCGCCCCAGAAUCACGAGCGCCUCGCCUGGAAGAUGAUCGGCGGGGCUGAGAAACUCGUGACUGACCUUGACCGCCCCAUCGACAUCACUCCGGAGCAGCUUGCGGGCGUUCUGUUCAAUAUUUAUCUCGGCAUGUUUUCUCAUGAGAACAUGGGACGAAAGAUGGCCAUGCUCACACAAUCGCCCGCGCUAGUCCAACUCUCUGGGAUCAUACAUUACCAUCGUCGUUCGUUCGCGGAGGUCUUGGGUGUCAUCAAGAGGAGGGUGAUUACAGCGUGGGACCCCACCAUGAACAUACUUCUUGACAAGAUUCAAAAUGACAGGAACCUUCUCACCGGGAUGAACUUUUACCAAGAACUCUGCUGCCAGCUGCACCUUCGCGGUGUUUUCACUAUGGAUUGGAUGUCUCUACAAAAGGCGCAGGAAAUGCAUCGCGUCGAAAGGCCUGUCGUCUUUCGCGGUUGGAAGACCCUCCCGCAAACAGUCUGUGUCGUCCUCGUCGUUCCUCGGGAUCACCUCCAGCCGCUCUUACCUGUUCUUGACGGGGCUGGAACACCUGUGUUGCAGUGUCACGUGGCGGGGACAAUGACCUCAAAUACGUUCUCUAUCAACGCAGUUUUCGGUGCCGUUAAGAUCAAAGGCAAGGGCGGUGACAAAACUGCAGCCAUCGAGGAGGACGUAACUGGACGCUAUGGAACUUCCCCUCUCGUGGUGUGGUUCUGGUUGCCGUCCGUUGCGUUGUUGAUGAACGAGCCUCAUUUAAGGGUUUCACUAGCUGUUCUCUCCACCCCAUCGACUGCCCCACUCGUCAUGAAGCUGGGGUUCGACAUGUCCUUAUUCCGCGCGGACUUCGGAGACGAGCAUUUCGUGCACGUUCUCAGACAGCGCCCUGAUGCUGGUCCCGAGAGUCCCGAGGACAAGAAUAUGCAGAUCAACGGUCGUUCCAAGAAGACGUCUGGUGCAUGCACAUUCGUCACGUUAGAUAGAGAAUGCCAGAAACCUCUGACGUUCACCACUCGUGUGGAUAUCGUUGAACCGGAGAUGAAAGCUUCCCUGACAACUGGCGCUACUCCCACCGUAAAUCAAAUUUCUAUGCAUUCAAUCGCCAUCGCUCUUGGAGACCACUCUUUGAAAUUCCCUUACCCGCUUCCUAUUGAUGCCAAGAAAGUCAAGCUCCGGAUUGCACGAAAAUCGCUAUACAUCGAAGUUGUCUUGCCUCUGAAACUCGCUCUUGGAGGAACCGACAUGAUGGAUAUGUUCCCUGUUAUUCCACAGGGAGGCGAUCUUGUUCUCUGGAACAUGCACCGCGUCAACCUCGAUCAAUGCGUGCCUUUCAGCAUCGCCAACGAGAAGGCUCUUCACUGGGUCAACCCUCACGUCUCCCUCAUGAUGUCUGAGCGUGAAAGAAGCAUCCCCCAGGGAUUGGCAACAGGGUCCACGCUACUAGAUAUCAAGCGUACACUUCAUCUCAUCUUCGGACGCGCAAGCGGGCUCUCGAUGGGCAAACCCCCUCUAGGGUAUGCUAUGCAGGCGACAGAAGAAAGCGAAAUCUUUGUUAUGUUCUAUAUUACGGACCUCCGCUUGGACGUCGGCUCGCACACCAUGGUCGCUGAUGCUUGGGUGAUGCCGUCUUCUCCCACGGCUGAGAAGUUCGAGGCUUUCAGCAAGGCUUUUACGCAUUUGACGCCUGCAAACAUGCAGUCUGUUGGGAUGGGUGUUGAAGAGAGGAAGGCAUGGGCGCACCUCCUCGUGGCUGCGACGGAGCGGUGCCGUACCUGGGAGCACAAACCCAACUGCGAGUAUCGCGUCCAAGGCACCAUCCCUCUCACUUUGGAGCCAGACGAGAGUCCUAUUUGUUCUUGCGGUGCCGGGGUGGGAACAGAGGCGUUUGUAAAGAAAUUCCCGAUGCUUCAGUCGCUUGCGCCCUGUUUGACGAGGGCAGCGAUUAGUCCUCUGUUCGCACUUUCGUACUUGGAAAAGGUUGGUAAUCUGGAAGGUGGUGCUACUGGGAUGGGGACUCCACCGACGCCUGGGCCUGCGCCAGCACCAGUGAUGCGUGGUGGUUGCGCUGUUUGUGGAAAGGCAGGAGGUGCUGCUGGGUCGUUGUUACUCUGCAGCAGGUGCAAGGUUGUGAAGUAUUGUUCAGAGGGUUGUCAGCGCAAGGACUGGAAAGAGCACAAAAAGGGCUGUGUAGGUUCCUGAGGGAGUUCAUCACGACUCACGUUGAACUCACGAGUAAAUAUCUUGUCGACUAUUUUUGCCGAAUUUAUGCACGCUGUCAACGUGA